CUGGAGAAUAGACAGUCAUCUCACUGGACUUAGCGAACUUCUAGCUAAGUUCCCUCUUAUUUUCUAAGAGUCAAAGAACAUCUGAUCUCUGCAAUGAUGAUCAAGCAGACAAGCCUUGCCAUUGCUGCAGUCCUGCUGCUUGGUUAUGUUGGACCAAGUCAACAAGUACCAGGCUGCAGCAAUCCUCCCCACAUUCAGGAAUGGACACAGUGGUUUGAUAGAGAUAAUCCUUCUGGAACUGGAGACUGGGAGACUUUAGAUGAUCUUCGCAAAGAGAAUCCAGGGCAGAUCUGCCUUGACCCCAGAGAUAUUGAGGCUUUGACUGUUUCAGGAAUUACUGUUAGUGCGGCUGGGGAGACACUUUAUCGGUAUGAUCUUAAAUCUGGACUGAUAUGCCGGAAUAAGGAUCAGGAUGACCGAUAUUGCUAUGACUAUAAAGUUCGCUUCAGCUGCGAAGCUACAUCCUGUAAAAAUGUGUGCUGGACUAAAUGGUACAAUCGAGAUAAGCCCAGUGGAUCAGGGGACUGGGAGCAUCUGAGUGCCCUGAUCAAAGAAAAUCCAGGAAGCCACCUUUGUUCUGAACCUGUGUACAUCGAAGCUGUUACCGUUGAUGACAGCAUCCCAGCCAUCAGAACAGGACAGAACUUCUAUUCCUACAGUCCCACAAAAGGGUUGGUUUGCCGUAAUCAGGACCAGAGUAAUGGCAGCUGCAGAGAUUACAAAGUACGCUUCGGAUGCUCCUGUCCCUAGGCGACCUAAAGCCAGUGAAGGCCAUGCAGGAGGGUCCAAGGAAACAACCAAAUCAUGCCUGUCUAUUUGGGUUAAAGCCAAGGCAAUGGAAAAAAUGGAAAAUUGUGAUCUGUCUACUAUGGAGAAUGAAUAAAGGAUAGAAACUAAUCGUAAACCUUUUUUUUUCUGAUAUAUUUUUUU